AUGGUCAAAGUACAACAACCCUAUUCCAAACCUGCUGCCACAUUGCUGACGAAGUGUUUCUUGCCUACAGCCAUAAAUGCACACUUGCCAGAACGAUUCAGAGGGCCACAGCCACGAAAGGGACACCAAUCUUUCACCGAUGGCCCAGAAGACGACCUUGAUUACAAGCUGAAUCUUGACAUUAGAAAUUACUUUGUCAAGCAAGGCGACAUUGCUCCUACGUCUAGCAAAGAUAAAUGGCUUGCUACCUCGACAGUCCCUACACACGAAGAACUUGGCGAGACGAUGGCCGAGGUGUUCAGUAACAAGAUCAGCGGACCCUACAGAAACAAAAGUCAGUACCUGAAAGUACAAUACUCCCUCCAACGCGAAGACGCUGUAGGAUCACUGCGAGAUGCCAUCCACGACUUCCAAAAUAACCCACAGACCAUGGACACCCAGAAGUUUGUCAUUUAUGAUCAGGUUCAUUUUCUCGGAUUCACAUUCGCGAGAAAAGGGCUCGCUGCACGCAUUCGAUUCACCACCAAUCGAGCUGGAAAGAAGAUCUCCUGGGAAACCUCAAAGAGACUCACAUCUGGCACACUCGUUGCAUUGGUGCGGGCCAAUGACGAGCUCAGCGAUUUCAAGGGGCUGAUCACUGCAGUCGUUGCUGCACGACCACUCGCUGGUGUUCUAGCUCAAGAGCCGGAAAUCGACGUCUAUUUCAGUCGCCCAGAAGACAUUCGAAUCGAUCCGCAGGACGAAUGGCUGAUGAUCGAAGCCAAGCAGGGCUACUAUGAGGCAUAUCGACACACAUUGGAAGCCUUGAAGAUGCUCUCACAGGAAAAGUUUCCAUUUUCUGACCAGAUCUGCCUCCUUCAGCCCAACACACAGCCGCCUGAAUACAUCCAACAAUAUUCGACAAUGAGCCUUGCGGCUGCUGCAGAGCCACAACAGAAGGAGGCAUAUGCCAAUGUCGCAGUUGCGAACGAAUGGCCUAAUGUGCCACAAAACACCCUAGACGAUUCUCAAUGGCAAGCAUAUCGCGAAAUUAUAACGAAAAGCCUGUCCAUCAUUCAAGGUCCGCCGGGAACUGGCAAAACCUUCGUGUCGAAAAUCGCCCUUCAGACUCUAGUGGAAAAUAGCAAACCGGGAGAUCCGCCCAUCAUUAUUGCUGCUCAGACCAACCAUGCCUUGGAUCAACUGCUCAGACAAGUUUCUGUUUUUGAGCCGAAUUUCAUUCGCCUUGGAGGGAGGAGCACGAGCCUGGAGAUCAAGAAGCGAGCCCUGUUCGAGAUCAGACGACAGGAGAGGAUCAAACAGAUUCCUGGGGGCCUGAUGGGGAGAUCCAACAGUGCGCUAGACAAGAAGGCAAAAGAGAUGCUCGAGAUACUAGAACCCAUUCGCUCCGACAUUCGCCAUGACAAAGACCCGUUCUCCACGGAGCGCUCUCCAGCCACAGAUGUUCUUGUCUCUUUGGAUGUCUUGAACGCCCAGCAGGCCAAGUCUUUGGAGGAUGGCGCAGCUCAAUGGAUUUCGUCGAGCAACAAAGACGAAGGACCUCUCCACAUCUGGCUGGAUCGCGCCCUGCACCCUUUCGUCUUGCGGUAUUCUCAAGAUACCUUUGGCUUCGAAGCAGUCGAAGAUGAGGAUCUCGAAUUCGAGCAACUGAGAGAAAAUGAGGAUUCCGCGGGCAUCAAUGAUGAGGAAGACAUGGAGAUGCUCAAGGGCCCUUUUACCAGCAUCAACGACAAAUUCACCGUUGCUUCUCCCACAGCGGUCGACCUUCGAAAGGCGGAGAGACAACUUGAUUCGAUGAAUGAUCUUUGGAAGGUACCUCAAUAUCUCCGUGGCCCCAUGUACUCGAUCAUUCGGUCUCGGGCAAUCGAUGCCAUACAGAGAAAAUUUGUAAAGGCGGCCAAGGAAUAUGCCAGCCUUGUGACCCAGAGCUUGAUUGGCAAAUGGGAGCAGGACGCCCUGUAUCUUUCACGUGCCCGGGUGAUCGGUCUCACCACCACCGGCUUAAGCAAAUACCGUGCGUUGAUAUCGGCGUUGAAGCCACGAAUUUGCUUAAUCGAGGAGGCUGCUGAGGUUCUUGAAGCCCCAGUCACAGUUGCAUGUGUUGAAUCCUUGCAGCAUUUGAUUCUUGUGGGAGAUCACCAGCAGCUCCAUGGCCACUGUUCUGUUCAAGAGCUCGAAGGAGAACCAUUCUUCCUGGCAGUUUCGUUGUUUGAAAGAUUGGUCAACAAUGGCAUGCCAUACAAAACUCUUCUCCGUCAGCGUCGUAUGGACCCACAAUUUCGCCGCCUGCUCUCGAGUGUGUACCCGACUUUGACAGACCAUCCGGUCGUUCUUAAUCGGAAUAUCGAGCCUUGGGGGAUGGGCAGCUUGAAAUUAUUCUUCUUCAAACACAAUUGGGCAGAAGAACGCGAUGCUUCCAUGUCCACGUUUAACGAUGAAGAGGCGAAAUUCAUUGCCGGAUUCUAUCGCUAUCUACAACAGAAUGGAGUCAAGGAAGACAGAAUCACGGUCCUGACGUUCUACAAUGGCCAACGAAAGAGACUCCUUCGAGAGAUCAAACGCCUUAUGGGAGGGCAAGCUGUCUACCACAACGUCAAAACUGUCGAUUCAUACCAGGGCGAGGAGAACGAUAUUGUACUACUCUCCCUCGUUCGGAGUAACCCCGAGGGCAAGAUUGGCUUCUUGGCCAAUAUCAACCGUGUUACGGUAGCUUUGUCCCGGGCCAAAUAUGGAUUUUACCUUUUUGGAGACGCUAGCAUUCUUACAGGAGGUUCUACACUGUGGGCGAGCGUCGCAAAGAUGAUGGCUGGACCACCCCCACGCAUCGCUGCAACACUUCCUGUCCAGUGCAAGAAUCACGGCAGGACUUCUUUAGUCGAGAACGCUGAUCAGUGGGAUGAUAUCGACACCGGCGGCUGCACACGACCUUGCGAAAAGAAACUUGUCUGUGGGCACCCCUGUCCACAGAGAUGCCAUCCUUCACCUCAUGACGGCAUCCAGUGCACAUCAGCAUGCUCCAAGGUGCUCCCAUGUGGACACGACUGUGACAAAGAAUGCUUCGAGGAUUGCGAUUGUCCCUGCGAAGAGUUUGCAGCCUACAAGCGUGGCGUGCGAGACUCUAAAAUUAAUCAAGAUGGGCCAGGUCAGAAGAAGUUGGGUGUACAAUUGGGCACAGUUCCACCCCACUCCCAUGGAUAGCCCUGUCGAUGUGGACAAGCACAUUCGGAGGGAUGGUCCACCUGGGGAGUCAAUUGCAGGCAAAUUUUCGAGGCUAUUUGCGCCAGAGCCCGCCUCGGGAAACAUCAACACAAAAUCGGUUCACAAUCAGAGUAGGGAAAAGUGGACUCAAUUCGCCAAAGUGGAAACCAAAGCUAGCGAUGAGCGUCGCACCGGCCAGGUAGCUGUUGAAAUCAAGGAAUCCAGCUCACUGAUUGACUUCGAGUCAGCACCAUUGGCGACUGAGUCGACCUCUGGUGUUGAGAACGAGAAAGUCCGAGAGCUGGACGCUGGCCGCAGCCGAUUCGUUCACGAGUUUCGUGUACCACAGGGAAAUGGAAUUACCAAUGUGAAAGGAACUUCGACUGAGAGGAAGCAUACGACAGCCAAGUGAGGUGUACGACAUGUUUGGAAUCUGCUGGCAGCUGAUGAGGUGAAUUGAAAGAUUGCUCUAUCAAUUGGAAGGCAAUCCUGGAGUACUCACCACCCUCGCCACUAGGACAACAUUGUGAAGUGUGAAGUGUGAAGUUUCUCCGUGACUGAUUCAACAAGGUCUGAGGGAAAUUGGUGUACUGUGUUGGUGGCCAUUUUGGCGGUACCAAAAGCAUACCUCGGGUGGGACGACAGUGCUCAGUAGAUGUGCUUCUCGGCUGGGCACGUAUUGAUAGACUGGUUUGUCUUUAGAAUGCUUAUUAGACGGGAUUUUAGCGUUUAGACGGGGCUCGUUUGGAGUCAAAGGCGAGUGUAUCUAGAGUAAGC